AUGGUAAUUAUGCCAGCCGACGACAAGGGAAAUUGUUUACAAAUAAACGAAUUAAUCGUACCGAACGUUGUCGAAAACGGUUCGAAAUCUGCUGUCGUUCUCGAUUGUGAUUAUUCUAUAAACAAUUCGGAAACGGGUUUAGUGGUGAAAUGGUUUUUAAAUGAUGGGGAUACGCCAGUUUAUCAGUGGAUACCGCCGCAAAGGCCACAAGACCUCGGAAAAUUAAAGAUAGAUAGUUGGAUGAAUCGCUUAAACAAUAGAUAA